AUCAAAAGUAAAAGAAGGAUGAACAUUGCAAUUCCCGUUUCAAGGCACUCAAAACUCCUCCUCCCUAAACCCCAAUCGGCAUCUUACAUCCUCAUCCGUCACCUCUCCACCGAGGCUAGCCCUCAACAAGCUCCGCAAAAGGAUGACUUAAAAAUCAACCAAGCAGUUCAACUCCUCCUCCAAAACCCACACGAACACUGGCCCUCCAAUCAACCCUUGCACUCUCUUCUCUUCUCUUCUCCUUCACCAUCUCCUCGCUUUCUCUACAAUGUUACUCGCAACCUUGCUUCCUCUGCUCUGGCCCUUAAUUUCCUCAAACACCUUCAACAAAACUCCCCUACUCAAAACACCCAUUUUCUCUCUUAUCCAUUCCAAGCCCUUGUCGAGCUAGCGGGUCGAGAACUCGAUUCUGGGCCUCCGUUAUUCGAACUGUACCGAGCUUCGAAAGAAUGGGGAAUUCCUCUAACUGUCAAUGCCGCCGCGAUUCUCAUUCGGUAUCUCGGGUGCCACAAGAUGGUGGAUGAAUCUGUUGUUCUUUUUAACGAACUCGACCCUUCGCUUAAAAACACGCACGUUCGCAAUGUAUUUAUUAAUGUUUUGUUAAGAGAUGGACGUUUAAAAAAUGCGCUCAAUGUGCUCGAUGAAAUGCUUCAACCGUUAUCCGAGGUUCCGCCUGAUAAAAUUACCGGUGAUAUUGUUCUUAGCGCGUUGUUGAAGGGAGAUAGGAAAGGGAACAACUUUAGUGAGGAAAAUAUCAUUAAGUUAGUUUUAAGUUUUGGGAAACAUGGUGUUUUUCCGAAGACGUUUUGGCUGACCCAAAUGCUUUCUAGGUUAUGUAGGAGUGGGAAAAUCAAUCAAGCUUGGAAUGUUUUGCAUGAACUGCUGACACUGCGAGCGCCCCUUGAAACUCCUCCUUUCCAUGUACUUUUGACCGGGUUAGGGAGGAGUGGAGAUAUUAAAAGAAUGAAUACACUUCUGGCUGAGAUGAAGGAGAGUGGUAUUCAGCCCGAUGUUGUAACUUUUGGGAUUCUCAUUAAUCAGUUAUGUAAGUUAAGGAGGGUCGAUGAUGCUAUGGUGUUGUUAAACAAGCUUGGUGAAGAAAACAGGAGCUGUGGUGUUUCAAUUUCAGCCGAUGUUAUCAUGUAUAAUACCGUGAUCGAUGGACUUUGUAAAGUUGGGAGGCAAGAAGAAGGGUUGCAUUUGAUGGGACGGAUGAGGUCGAUGAAAGGAUUGGAACCUAAUAUAGUUACUUAUAAUUGCUUGAUUGAUGGAUUUUGUAAAACGGGAGAGAUUGAGAGAGGGAAGUUGUUGUUUGAGCAGAUGAAUGAAGAUGGGAUUUCACCUAAUCUGAUCACUCUUAAUACAUUGAUUGAUGGAAUGUGCAGACAUGGGAUGAUCAAUAGUGCACUAGAGUUCUUCAAUGAUAUGCAAGGAAAAGGGUUGAAAGGCAAUGCAGUUACUUAUACUACCCUAAUUACAGCUUACUGUAAUGUCGACAAUAUUGCCAAGGCAGUUGAUCUGUUCGAUCAAAUGUUAAUGAGUGGAUGCUCUCUGCAUUCUAAGGUUUGCUACAGCUUGAUCUCUAGUUUGUGCAAAGCUGGAAGGAUGGAUGAUGCCAGCAAUGUUUUGUCGAAGCUAAAAGAAGCCAAGUUCCGCCCCGACAUUGUAUGCUACAAUUCGCUUGUUAGCGGGUUCUUUAAGGAAAACAUGCUAAAUAAAGCUUAUGAUAUCAUCAACGAAAUGCUGGAAGCAGGGAUGAAGCCUGAUAGUGUCUCGUAUAACACUUUGAUUACUUAUUUUUGCAAAACAGGGGAUUUUGAACUUGCUGGCAAGGUGAUGAAACAGAUGAUUAACCAAGGUGUCAUCCCUACUACUGCAACGUACGGAGCCCUUAUUCAAGCAUACUGCUCGAAUGGAAAGAUUAAGGAAGCAAUGAAGCUCUUCAACGACAUGAGUUUCCUAUCAAAGGUUCCACCAAACACUAUGGUAUAUACCAGUCUUAUAGAAUCUCUAUGCAAGAACAAUGACAUCAAAGGUGCGCUCUCUCUGAUGGAUGAUAUGAAAGCAAAAAGGGUGAAGCCUAAUACCACCACAUACAAUGCAGUGCUCAAAUGCCUUAAAGAGAACACUUUGUUGGAAGAUGCCUAUAGAUUGAUGGACGGUAUGAUUGAGAAUGCUUGCAAUCCAGAUUCUACAACCAUGGAGAUUCUCAGGGAGCUGCUUUCUGGUGUUGAUGGAUCAAAAAUAUUAGAAAGCUUCGUACAAGGAAAAAGGGUUUCUCCCCUUUAGUGCGUAGAAUGGCUGCAAAUAAUAAGGAUUGUCUUUUGGCAUUGAUUUGAUGAAUUGAUUCAGCAGAUUGCUUUCCCUUUGCUUUCCAUGUACCAUUUUUAAAUUCUUGGGAAUAACUGAGGU